UCUAUCCAUGGCGUUCAACCGCACGCUCGUGCCGUACCCUGACUCCUACCAGCACGCCAACACGCCCGACUGCAUAGCGGCGGGCCACAACAGCUCGUGGGAGUGCUUCUUUGCGCCCUUGGUGUCCCCUGCGUGUGAGGCAGUGGUGCGGCGGCUGAUGGCAGCGCCGGGGGGCGAGAACCUGACAGAGUGCACCAAUGUGGACUACAGUGGCCUCGAGACGGCCAAUGAGACGGUGGUGUGCGUGAACCCACUGCGCGUGGACCAACUCAAGCUGGAGUCGAGAGCCACCAGCCUAUGGGGCACGCCGCACUUGGACCGGGUGGACAUGGUGGAGUACAUGGGGAGGAUGGAGCAGGACGACGACUUCAAGAUGCUCGAGGUGCGCUGGUGGCGCGCGCAAGCCACGCGCUUCAUGCUGCGCUGGCCCUCCCCCUACCUCUGCCACGUCAUCAACCGCGUGCGCCACUCCUCCUACGGGCUCCACGCGGCCAUGCACCUGGCUCAGUUCGAGGAGGAGCGAGCGGAGAUCCUAAGCCUCGUAGCUGCAGGGGACCCGGUGCGUUUCCUCGUGAAAGACACGGACGGAAAGGCGGAUCUAGAAGGGGCGGCAAAAGUGCAGGCAAAGACCCUCGCUGAGUUGAGAUUCGGAGGGAAUACUUUAGAGGGGGAGGUGUGGCCGGCGAAAGGGAUGGAGUCGUGUGCGUUUGACUGCGGGCCGAACGGGGAGGGGCGGUGGAAGAGGAAGGAGGUGCAGGGGAUGCUGAAGGGGGUGGGCGGCGAGGUGUACCUGCCGCGGCCGAUGGUGAGCGUGCACGUGCGGCAGAGCGACAAGUUCAAGGAGAUGACGCUGCUGUCCUUCGCCAUGCACAUGUUCUUCACUCACAGACUCAGAGCAGCCGUGCCGGACCUCAAGAACGUGUGGCUUAACACCGAGAUGGAGUCGGUGAUAGAGCAGACCAAGCAGUACCCUACCUGGCAGUUCUUCUACUCCUCCAACCCACGCCUGCCCCUUGACGCCAACGACACGCGCGCGUACGAGUUUUCUCAGGAUGUGGCAGUCAGCCUCGCCAGUGCGCUCAUCGCCUCCGAGUGCGAUUACUUUGUGGGGUCGCUCGAGUCCAACUGGAGCCGCCUCAUCAACGAGCUCCGAAGCACCAAUGGGAGGCUAUACGCCGGGUUCAUUGCGCUCAAUAUAGGCCUCUGGUGAACUGACUUCUGUGUGGAUUCAAAAGCCCGCAUUGCUCCAAGUGCGACUAGUACUUCGUGGGUUCAUUCGAGUCGAACUGGGGCCACCUGAUGAACGAGCUCCGGAUCAACAAUGGGAGGCUAUACGCCGGGUUUAUAGCGCUCAACAUCGGGCUCUGGCGAGGGUGGAGUGGAGUGAGGAGGUGGCCAGCUGUUUUGCACUUGAGGCGCAUCACAGGCCCUAUCCGUGCUUUUGAGAGGUGAGGUGAGGUGAGUUGAUGCAUUGCUGCUAUCAGCGCUAGCAAGGGCAAUAAGUUAGGCGCAACCCAAAGCUGAAGAGUCGUUUGUUGGAGCGGCUCAAGAAUCCUCUAGGUGCACCUCCCCUCAGCCAAUAGGGGGUUGUGGGCUAUGGCUGUACA